AUGAGCAGUCCGCCCGCCUCGUCCGCCGCAGGCCAUCGUCACGAGCAGGGCGACCCGCUGUUUCGUCAAACGCGAGCCGUGUACAGCUUUUUCAAGGACCCGGUCGGCGUCUCGCUCCACCGCAAGCACUUUACGUCCGAGGAGCUUGCGCGCCACAACGCCGCCUCGCUCAACCAGAGAGCGGUGCGCGGGUCGAACAGCGCCUUGCAGUCGUGGGACCAGAUGUCGCAAACCCAGCACGAGCUGCUGGUCGAGCUCCUGCUCAAGUACUACUGCGAGUCGAGGGCCAAGCCGGAGAACAACGAGUGGCCUCACAUUUCCUUCCCCGAGCUGGGCAAAGAGAUCGACUACCGGACGAUCGCGCAGGCGCGCAAGUCACAGCUUCCCGCCCAUGUCCCCGACCCCUUCCAGCGACUCAACAUGCUCCUGAGCCUGCUCACCACGCUCUACAACUCGCCUAUCGACGAACGCGAGUUCGAGGCGUUCGAGGACAUGCGUCACGUCAUCGGCGAGGCGCGCAGGCAAGUGACGAAGGCCAGGAGCACCAACCCGUUGCGCGUUCUAUUCGCCCAGCAUGCCUUUGACGCUGCCGAAGAGCGCCUCGACGACCGGCUUGAGACGGCCAACGCGGCGCGCGAGGUGCGCCUCCAGCAGGUCAAGGCGGCCAUGUCGCUCCUCCACGACAAAGCCGCGCUCUUGCCCGACUGGUCCAACGUGGCGCACCACGCCGCCGUCGAGGUCUACUUCUCGCAUCUCGACUACAAGCAGCAAGCCGCCGUCGUCGCCCAGGUCCGCGAGUUUGUCUUUGCGGCGUGCGAGGAGCGGGCCCUCGCCGAGAUCCUCAACGCGCUGCGGGCGCACCACCUCGGCCACACGCUGUGCGCCGUUCGCCUAGCGUCGAUUGUCGACUGCUUGGAGUUGCAGGAUGCGCCCUCGCACGUCGUCGAGCACUUCCAAGCCGCCCACCACCAGUUCUGCAGCGUCGAGUGCACCGACCUGUUCUCGCACCUCGCCCUCACGCAGCAGGUGUACGCCGUCUCCAAGCUCCGAGAUCUGCUUAGGCGCAUCCAGACUGAGCCGUUCGAGGCUGAGCAGGUGGUUGACGAGCUCGCCGCCAUCCUCCCGAUGUACUCGGAAGAUUCGUCGAGCUGGAAGCACGCACCCAAGGUCGACGACCCUCCCGCCUUCCUCCACUCUCUCGCCCACAGCGCCUCGACCCGCCACGCACCUUUCGGCGCCGACUCGACGAGCUCGGCGACGUCGAGCCGCUACUUCCCGCAGGCGAGGAGCGCGAGGUGGUAGAGCGAGGACCGAGCGGCGGCGGAGCGAGGGGCGAGUGCAACGUGGGUCGUUCGAGCUC